AUGUGUUUUCCAGGUCGUCCAGUGUUGCAAACCAGUUUGAAGGUUCACCACCAGCCAGGUUUCAAUGUUAAAGUGAAUCAGCAAUUUCUUGACGCUACCGGGCGCUACCCCCCGAUCAUGUCUUGGAGCAGCUUCGUCAACACAGACGGAUCGUCAGGCUUUUAUCUGGCGGAUGACAGCGCCUGCCAGGACCCUCCAAACCCUCCAGCUGCAUCAUUUCAGUUGCCUUUGGAGGAAGAUGGUCUUUUCCUGGACACGGAGGACGUUCAAUCCAUGUCCACGUGGAGUGACGCGUCGGAGCACUACUUUGAUUUAGAAGACAUGGAGGUCUGGCCUCUCAAUGCAGUUGGUGCGAAUUCUGCUUCUGGGUUUGUUUUGGAAGAAGAGCCAGGGUCGGUUGAGAAACAAUGGAAACCUGGGCUUGACAUGGGUGACGCUGUUGGCCGCCUUGGCGUUGGACUUGGAAAUAUCAGUGGGCAAAGUCAGAUGGUCCUUGCUAAUCUUUACUUUAGCCUGCGUCGGUUACCAGUGGGCUUGGUGAAGCAGCUUUGCGAGCAACUCCUCCCAACCAAUCAAAAAGUUGCAAAACCAUGGGCUGCUGAGGCGGCUGCCCGUUUGAGCAGGGUUGCUGCGAAUACUAUCAGGGCAGUGGUUGCCAAGUUGCGUGCCCGAAGCUGGGCUGUUGUUGAGCCAAGCAGCAAGCGACAAGCGGACCUUCAGGAAUGUAGCACCAGCCAACAACGAAACCCAACUCGGAUCAUGAACCACUUGGUUGAAGAAGUCAUCUCUCAUGCCUAUGAGGGUGGCAGCGACUUAGAACUCUUCCGAAGGCUGCAGAGGCUAGAAGCCCAUGGCAUUGACCUUGGUGAUAAGUAUCACUCCACGGAGUGUUUCCAAUUGAUAGAGUAUUUGGCAGGACAAGCGAAGCAGCUCAUGGACAGUGAAGACUUACUGGCGGAUUUGGGUGGCCUUGGUAUACCAUCCAGGUUCUCCGUGAUCUUUGAUUGUGUUAGUUUGGGGUCAACAUCCUUUUCGAGGCACGAGACGCUCUUAGUCACUGGGCUCUCCCAUGUUUCGCAUCAUUCCGGCCAUUUGCAGUCGAUUUUGAUCGGCGCGCCAAGUGCCGGGCUUUCCCACAGUGGGCAGGCUCAGGCUGACAAAGUUGUUGGGGCUUUGGCCAGCCACCCUGCUCGGCUUUGUGCUGAUUUGUGCAGUCGGCGCCUUAUGGCCAUAGGGGGUGAUGGGGCAGUCGUGCAAGGCGGACCGGAAUCCCGCCAUUCGUCCACGCGGGCGGGUAGCAUGGUUUGGCAAACUUUUCGGGCAGGAGAGCCAGAAUUUUUGAUAUGGGACAUGUUUCACAGGGAGGACAUUUGCCGAAAGAGGGCCUUCAGGUCCGUUCCACUCUGCGUUGAACUCUUUGACGUUUCAGCCGCCAUGGCACAGCUGUAUGGGACGGGUCAGGGUCGCAUCGUUUUCCGCUCCACUGCUGCCCACAUCGAUUGCAAGGCAUUGGCGGUUCCUGCACUGAGUGGGACCCGCCCGACCGUGUCCGAGCCUGGCGCCCCAGGUCGAUUGUACGCCAAUUUUCGAGCCUAUGCGGCGUCCAUGCAUUCUAGGAUGGAUUUGGCGAGAGAUGGAUUUGGAAGCCAGACCUUGCAGAAGCUAGUGGGGAUUGGGCAGCGUUUGACAGCCAUCGACUUUGUGACAUUCUUGGUGUUGUUUGAAGAUGUUGGCCGCCACGCCCUCUAUGGACGAGGGCAGGUCUUUCAAAGCAAUGCCGCGGACAUUUGGUCGGUGGAGCACUCUGCCUUUGGAGGCGUGAAUGCAAUUGGUGAUGCUUUGGGCCAAGUUCGAACUUUGAGGCGAUUGGUCUUUAUUUGCAUGCUGCUAAAGUCGUAUGUGUCCAGCAAGGACAUUUUGGCGUUCUUGCAAACUCUUCUUUUGUCUGCCUUCGGAAGGCCUUGGAGCCGGUUUUUGGGAAACUUGGGCGGAGUGCUUCUCCAACAUCAAUUCCAAAAGUGUUUCUUACAACUUCCAGUUGACCACAGAGCUGAUAUUCAAUGUUUGGCCCCCAAGUGCCAAUGCAGUACUUUUGUGAACCGUGAUGAGCCCUCUACUGUUGCCAAGAGGCUUCGUUGGAAGGGAGGGCGCAGAAAGCAAGUCAAAGUUCCGCGGUGGGUGGCACGGCCUACCGGCAACUUUGAAGAUGCAGGCGCUCGCCCAGCUGAUGUGAUUGAUGUUCCUCCCAGAUAUGGCUCUCGCGUUUUGGGUCCCGGACCUCCUGGCAUGCGUGGGGUGAAGCAUUUGUACAAACAGACGCCUGGGGGCCCACCAAGAUGCGUCGUCGGAGUUGGCGAUCCCCAUAUCUUCUCCUGUGUUGACGCUGCUCUACGCGCAAUUGCAUCUUUGUUGGCAGCCCUGCUCAGAGAGUAUGAAGAUUACUUUGGGCCUGUCGGCAUUUCAACGGAAACUGCAGAUUUGAGGGCUGCCAUGCUCAAGGCAUUUGAUUGGAAAGAGCUUCUUGAAGUUCGCCAGCCUCGCCCAGAACACGUGCAAGCUUUCCACGCCGUUCUUCGGAGAUUUGAGAGGGUGCUUUCAAGGACUGAGUGGCCAGACCCAUACAUGUUCCCGUAUGUCCAGCGUAAGUGGGACAGGUCUGGAUAUCACGAGGCUCAAUACGUGAUCUUGGUCCGCAACGUUGUAGACUUCAGCCAGAACACUCCCUUCCGAACGAGAUGGUGGGAAGUAACAGAGUACAUGGUCGUGCCUGUGCGAUUGCGUGGUUGUUUCCUUGCUGGCUUCGGACCACACCUGCGCAGUUUGGGGUGGGCAAGGCUGACGGCGCUGUGUGUAAGCCAUUUGGUGGAAAGUUUUUGUUCGGUGGAGCAGGCCAAACCUUGGGCCGUCAGACCCGAGUGCUUGCGCUCUGUCGGUCGCAGCGAAGCCGCGCGUGGGUGGAGCAUGACCGCGGCUCAUUAUCGUGGAUCUACCUUUGCCUCUGUUGUGAAAAGUUUUCCUGCAGCCGAGCUUGCAAGCCAAUUGGUUUGCGUUGUGGGUUGCGCCUCAAGACUUGAUGUCAGCUCUGUCUCAGCCAGCAUCGACACGGUGCCCGAAAUCCACGCCCCACGUUCUGGAGGGCCUUCAGAGUGCCAUGCCUGGCACGCUGCCUUGGUUCACCACUUGUGCAGAGCGCAUGCCUGCGCCGAGAGCUAUUGCGAGCGCAUUGGGUCGCAGCUCCACGAUUUAUUCAAUAGCGAUGGGGCAAUGAUGCCUUCGAGAGUAGUCAGCAGACUGCACAUCAGGGAGGGCCGCCUUCAAUGCUUGGGCACGCGGAGAGAUGAGGCCGUUGUUGAAGAAGUUGCCCGGGCCAUGCAGGAAGACCUUGGUAUGCGGCCUCUGAUUUCUCGCCGUCAAGUUCGCCGACGGCUGAACUCUGGAGCCCCUGCAAGUUCUUCUUACCGGCUCUCCUCCGGCAAGCAAGCCUCUGUGGUUGCUUUGGAAAAGACAGGACGUUGUGCAGAUGCCACUGCAGUCGAUCUUGAGCUGAACCGCUUGUUGCUCCCGGAUGACCGCGAAGCGUUCCGGAAGACGCACCGCCCGCUGGAGUGGUCCGAGAACAACAUCGUUGCGCUGAACCGAGCGAUCACUGAGCGAGGAUACUUGGCACCGCUUCCGCUGUUUGUUGAUCGGAAGGCCCGAAGAGGGCAGACUCGUUCGGCGCUAGCUGCCAAGCUGGCAGAUUGGCUCCAAUCGCCUGAGGCGAAGGAGUGGAGGGAGGCCAGAGAAAAACUCUGGGCGUCUGAGUGA